AUGUGCAAAAUUUCACAAAGAAUAAAGAGGAACGUCUCUCAGAGCGGCAGCAGUUCAACCAGGCAAAACCAGAACCACCUCAGAAACAACCACUCCACAACCAAGACCAGAACCACCUCAGAAACAACCACUCCACAACCAAGACCCAAACCCACCCCAGAAACAACCACUCCACAACCAAGACCCAAACCCACCUUAGAAACAACCACUCCACAACCAAGACCCAAACCCACCCCAGAAACAACCACUCCACAACCAAGACCCAAACCCACCCCAGAAACAACCACUCCACAACCAAGACCCAAACCCACCUUAGAAACAACCACUCCACAAUCAAGACCCAAACCCACCUUAGAAACAUCCACUCCACAACCAAGACCAGAACCACCUCAGAAACAACCACUCCACAACCAAGACCAGAACCACCUCAGAAACAACCACUCCACAACCAAGACCCAAACCCACCUUAGAAACAACCACUCCACAACCAAGACCCAAACCCACCUUAGAAACAACCACUCCACAACCAAGACCCAAACCCACCUUAGAAACAACCACUCCACAACCAAGACCCAAACCCACCCCAGAAACAACCACUCCACAACCAAGACCCAAACCCACCUUAGAAACAACCACUCCACAACCAAGACCCAAACCCACCUCAGAAACAACCACUCCACAACCAAGACCCAAACCCACCCCAGAAACAACCACUCCACAACCAAGACCAGAACCACCUCAGAAACAACCACUCCACAACCAAGACCCAAACCCACCCCAGAAACAACCACUCCACAACCAAGACCAGAACCACCUCAGAAACAACCACUCCACAACCAAGACCCAAACCCACCUUAG